AUGGAAGUAAUGGGUCGUGAGUGCUUCAAAGCUUUAGCUGCACGCUCUUUCUUUCAAGAUUUUAAGAAAGAAAAGGGUGAUGGUAGCAUUUAUGCUUGUAAGAUGCAUGACAUGGUGCAUGAUUUUGCACAAAACUUGACAAAAAAUGAAAGUUUUAGUGUAGAGAUCGAUGGUGCGGCAGAGUCAAAGAUAGACUCUUUUUCUAGAGAUGCCCGACACUUCAAGGUAGUAUUUAAAAAUUAUGAAACUGACUCAUUUCCUGCAACCAUCUAUAGUUUGAAAAAGCUUCGCAGCCUGAUUGUUGAUGGUCGUCCUUCAUUAAUGAAUGCAGCCUUACCUAAAUUAAUCGCUAAUUUGAGUUGUUUAAGAACAUUGAAGUUGUCAGGAUGUGGAAUAGUAGAAGUCCCAUCCAACAUAGGAAAGUUGAUACACCUGAGGCAUGUUGACUUGUCUCAGAAUGAGUUCAGGGAGUUACCUAAAGAGAUGUGUGAGUUGUAUAAUAUGCUAACUUUAGAUGUCUCGUUGUGUGAGAAACUUGAAAAAUUGCCUGAUAACAUAGGAAAACUAGUGAAAUUAAGAUAUCUCAGUGUUCGUGUUUAUUGGAGUGACUCGUCGUUUGUAAAGAUAAGGGGAGUUAAGGGGUUAAGUUCUCUUCGGGGAUUAGAUGAAUUCCAUGUGAGUGGUAGUGGUGAAGAGUCUAAUAUCGAGGAUUUGAGAAACUUGAACCACCUUCAAGGAUCUCUUGGUAUAAAAUGGUUGAGAGAUGUGAAAGAUCCAGAUGAGGUUAAGAAAACAGAACUUAAGAGUAAGAAAUACCUCACUGAGUUAGAUUUAUGGUUUGGAUCGAGGACAAAUAGGAGGAUAAUUCGCGAUGAUAAAGUCCUUGAAGCCUUAGAACCACCUCCAGACGUUGAUUUGUUGAGGAUAUAUAGUUACUAA